ACGUUUUUCUCAUUAGCCAAACUUUAAGAGAUGAGUUUACUGAGUGUAAGUAGAGCGAAAUCAAGAUCACAAUCCACUUUUAUCGUAUGUGAUUGAGAAAGAGAUUCGAAGCCCAGAAAACUCCAAAACCCCUCCCUUUCUUUUUGUUUCUUCCUCCUCUCUCAUAUUCUCUUCCUCUGUAUCUCAAAAUCCUCUGUUACUGCUGCUACUGCUAACUCCCAGGUUCUCUUCCUCUUCCACCAUCCAAAGGGUUUUGUUCCGUUCCGUGGUCUCAAAAUGGCGACUUGUGUUUCUCCCUGUUUCUCUCCCCCUCCCGACUCUCGAGUGCUCACUCUUCUUAGAAAGAGCGUAACGCCAGAAGUCGGCAGCAGCAGGGUGAGCUGCUUCAGAACGGCACAAGGCAAAAGAAACCGUCUCGUCUCAGCUCAGAGAUCCGAGCCUUGGUCCGCUUCCAACUCCCACACUCCCAACCACAUACAAUCCCAACAAGACCCUUUCCUGAACCUCCACCCCGAGAUAUCAAUGCUCAACCCGAGAAAAAACUCUUCCUCUUCCUCAGUCUCCGAGGAUCUCGGCGACUCGUCUCCUCCUGGUAACUACAACGAGGCGAGGAUCAAAGUCAUCGGCGUCGGAGGCGGUGGCUCCAACGCUGUGAACCGGAUGAUACAGAGCGAGAUGGUCGGCGUGGAGUUUUGGAUUGUGAACACCGACAUUCAAGCCAUGAGGAUGUCUCCUGUUUUUCCGGAGAAGAGGUUGCAGAUUGGUAAGGAGCUGACUAGAGGGUUAGGUGCUGGAGGUAAUCCGGAGAUUGGAAUGAACGCUGCUAGAGAAAGCAAAGAAGCUAUCGAAGAAGCACUUUACGGUUCUGAUAUGGUUUUUGUCACGGCUGGAAUGGGAGGUGGGACUGGAACGGGAGGGGCGCCGAUAAUAGCAGGUGUGGCCAAGGCAAUGGGUAUAUUAACGGUUGGUAUCGUGACGACGCCUUUCUCAUUUGAGGGAAGGAGGAGAACGGUUCAAGCUCAGGAAGGGAUUGCAGCGCUCAGGGAUAAUGUUGAUACUCUCAUUGUUAUACCAAACGACAAGUUGCUCACGGCGGUCUCUAUGUCUACUCCGGUUACAGAAGCGUUUAAUCUGGCUGAUGAUAUACUUCGUCAAGGAGUUCGGGGAAUCUCUGAUAUCAUUACGAUUCCUGGAUUGGUUAAUGUGGAUUUUGCGGAUGUGAGGGCUAUAAUGGCGAAUGCAGGUUCUUCAUUGAUGGGAAUAGGAACUGCAACAGGAAAGACUCGAGCAAGAGAUGCUGCAUUAAAUGCAAUCCAGUCACCAUUGUUAGAUAUUGGCAUUGAGAGAGCCACUGGAAUUGUUUGGAACAUAACUGGUGGAACUGACUUAACCUUGUUCGAGGUAAAUGCAGCUGCGGAAGUGAUAUAUGACCUUGUUGAUCCAACAGCAAAUCUUAUAUUUGGCGCUGUGGUUGAUCCAUCCUUCAGUGGUCAAGUAAGCAUUACCCUAAUAGCAACGGGCUUCAAACGGCAAGAAGAAGGAGAAGGGAGGCCACUUCAGGCGACACAAGCAGAUGCAUCAUCAUCAAUGGGAGUAACAACAAGACGUCCUUCUUCUACAUCUUUCAGUGAAGGCAGUUCCAUAGAGAUCCCAGAGUUCUUGAAGAAGAAAGGCCGCUCUCGCUAUCCUCGCCUCUAAUUACCUCAUCUCGUAUAAGUAAUUGCCUCGCUUGGUGAUUAUUCAUCAAUAGGUGUUAGAAAUGGUGUUUUAUUGUUGACUAUAUCACACAAUAACAAUAAAAUGUUUAUUGACAUAUGGUAUUAUAAACCUCAGUCUCUGUUACACUUGUUUCAA